UGGUCCGAAUUCUCUAGGGUUAGGGAUAGCGACGAGGGCUGGGGUUCUUCUCUUUCCGCCCGAAGCCAAUCUGGUCCUUUCGGGGUUGCGAGUUUGGUUUCGCGAGGGGCGCGCUGUUGUGCCCCGAUCGAUCACGGGCUCGAUUCUUGGUUGGAGCGGGAAGCAGGCGCCGGAGGUGGAGCGAUGAGGAGAUCGAAGCUGGAAUCGUCGAUUCCUGUGAGUCGGAAGAGGUUUGUGCAGUUCCUGCUCGGUGUAGGGCUGCUUUACCUCUCCUUCCUACUCCUCUGCGAGCUCCCUUUCGUAUCCCGCCGCUUCGCGCCUGGAGCCGGCGGGCUUAUCGGAAGCGACGUCGUCGCCCGCCGGGUCGCACUCGACAGCGAGGAGGAGAGCCAGGGGAAGUAUGCACCGGUUCGCCCCUUCAUAUUCCCUUAUCGGCAGGCGCAGUCCUCCCCCGCUCCCUUCCAGCGACGGCCGCCACCCGAUCGGCGGGGCCGUCGCUUGCCGGCCUUGUCUGGGUUGGCGCUGAUGGAGCUCAAUGCCAGCGGAAUUGGAGCCUUCUCGGAGCUCCACAAGUCGGCGAGGGACGCGUGGGAGGUGGGAAAGAGGUAUUUUGAGGAGCUGCAAGCUUCACCGGCGCCAUCUGCAGCGGCACCACUGCAAGAGAGCCGGGCAGAGGAGAGAUGCCCAAACUCGAUCAUGCUGUCGGGCGCAGAGUUCCAGGAGCGAGGGAGAGUAUUGGUGCUCCCCUGUGGGCUCACGUUGGGUUCCCAUAUUACUCUGGUGGCAAGGCCGCGCCGGGCGCACGCUGAAUAUGACCCAAAGAUUUCGUCUUUGAAGGAAGGUGAGCAGGCUAUUAUGGUGUCGCAGUUCAUGAUGGAGCUGCAGGGGCUCAAGACGGUGGAUGGUGAAGAUCCGCCUAGGAUCCUCCACUUCAACCCCCGAUUGAAGGGUGAUUGGAGCGGGAAACCGGUGAUUGAGCAGAAUACUUGCUAUCGCAUGCAGUGGGGAUCACCUCAGCGGUGUGAGGGCUGGAAGUCCAAGGCGGAUGAGGAGACUGUUGAUGGGCUGGUGAAGUGUGAAAAAUGGAUUCGUGAUGAUGAUAACCGGGUGGAGGAAUCUAAGAUGUCAUGGUGGUUCAGCCGUUUGAUUCGUCGAACAAAGGUCUCACUUGAUUGGCCAUAUCCAUUUGUAGAAGACAAGUUGUUUGUUCUAACGCUUAGUGCCGGUUUAGAAGGUUAUCAUGUGAAUGUUGAUGGGAAGCAUAUAACAUCCUUCCCUUAUCGCACUGGUUUUGUUCUGGAGGAUGCCACUGGACUGUCAUUGAAUGGUGACCUUGAUAUUGAUUCAAUAUAUGCUGCUUCAUUGCCCUCCACACAUCCUAGUUUUGCCCCACAACGGCAUCUAGAAUUGUCUGCUCAGUGGCAGGCUCCUCCAUUUACUGACGAGCCUGUCGAACUCUUUAUCGGCAUACUUUCUGCAGGAAACCAUUUUGCGGAACGCAUGGCUGUGAGAAAAUCAUGGAUGUCUGCAGUCAGGAGAUCGUCAAAUGUGGUAGCUCGGUUCUUUGUUGCUCUGCAUGGUCGAAAGGAGGUGAAUAUGGAGCUAAAGAAGGAGGCAGAGUUCUUUGGGGACAUUGUUAUAGUGCCUUUCAUGGAUAAUUAUGAUCUAGUUGUGCUGAAGACAAUUGCAAUAUGCGAAUAUGGGGUUCGAACAGUAUCUGCCAAGUAUAUAAUGAAGUGUGAUGAUGACACAUUUGUAAGACUCGACUCAGUUCUAAAGGAAGUAAAGAAAGUUCCAGCUGAUAAAAGCCUUUAUAUAGGGAAUAUUAAUUACUACCACAAGCCCUUGCGUUCUGGAAAGUGGGCAGUCACAUAUGAGGAAUGGCCAGAGGAGGAUUAUCCGCCUUAUGCUAAUGGUCCAGGCUAUGUUGUAUCAGCUGACAUUGCACAUUUUGUGAUUUCGGAGUUUGAGAAGCAUACACUAAGAGUAAGAUCCAUUAACUUGUAUCUUAAUGCAUCAUUUCUUAGACUAAUAAUUCACAUAAUUAAACUAGAUUCUCCUUGUGUUAUUUUAAAAAUAUUUGAUGUAGCACUGGUUUGUUUGACAUGGAAGAACAAGAAAAAAGUUCACGAACACAUGCAUGCUUAUCAACCUAACUAGUUAAUGGCCUUUUGUCCUUCACUGGCUCUCAUAUUUCUUGGAAGUGAUAAUAUUUCUUCUUUUUUUGGGAAUAGUACAAAAUUUUCAAUUCUUUAAAUAGCAUAAUUUUUCUAAUGAUCUUCAGGCCUUUAUAGCAUACAUUACAAAAAGUUUUCUCUUGAAAGAAGCAAAAGAGAACAGAUGGUACUUUCUAAUGCGCGGCUGUAAGAUCCAUAAAAUUGCAAGCCUUUAAAAUGUUAUAAAUGUUGAAGUGGAUGAUGUUAAGGGGAUUCGACUUAUACCAUUUUGUAUAACUGGAGAUGGAAAACAUAAUUCUUUGUCAGAUACAUACAAAGAUUGGUUUAGGUUUUUGGGCUUUUAGGACUUUCUGAGACGCUCUAAAAAGUUUUCUUUU